AUGAGAGCUUUAUCAGCAUCACACCUGUCCCAAUUUGAACUGAACUCUUUGGCAAAGCAGUUGUGGCAUUUGGCACCGAAUUCUAUGCGGCUGACAGGACUGAUGACGAGGCAGCUUGAAAAUCUGUCUACCUCUGUUUUGCCUUGGUGUUCUGGUGAGACGAACUGUCAAGGAUGGACUCAGGCUGUGGAAACAGCUAUCAAAGUGAUGGAGAAUGCUUUGCCACCUCCUGAAACAUUAGAUCCUGUCGUAUUCAAUGAGCAAAAAGCCAACUACCGAUCGUUAGCCUACAGCGCGGUCAGCAAACCUCUAUCAGUGUUAGCGGAAUGGCGAAAGAGAGUUUCUGGGUAAGU